AUGGCUCGAACCAAACAGUCAGCACGCAAAAAUGCCUCUCCCUGUGCACCACCCUCUUCAUCUUCUUCAUACCAAUCCAUAGAGCGUUCACCCUCUCCACCACCUCGCCCAACACCACCACACACCUCUUCUGCCUCUCCCUCUUCUAACACUAGUCAAGAAGUCCUCAACCUUAUUCCUCUGUCUACUUUUCUUCCACCACUAUACACUCGCCCUACACCAAACUUCGCUCAAGUGCCUCCUCAUCUACGCACUAGAAUCACUCCUCCACGACACUCCAUGCGAGUCCAAUCUGGAAUUGAAAGAGCACUUCAGAUGCAAUUGAAGCGGUUACAUGGCAAAUGGAUAAGACCUCAAGCUGCUGUUGAACUAGCCCAGCCUCAACCUCGGCCUCAGCCUCAACCAGUCACUGAAUCUGCUACUCCUGAUUUUAAAACCAGCUCUUCCAUCUUUGGCAUUAGUCAGUUUUUGAACUUUCCCACUACUGUUGGCCCCUCUAACCCAUCUGUUGGUCCCCUACCCUCUGUAUCAUCCUUUUUUGCUUAUAUUACAUCCAUCUCUACAAUGCUUAUUCCUUCCAACAUUGUUGUUGCUACCACAUCUCAACCAUCCGCUCAUCUUCACUCUACUCCCACCUUAAUUGCACCCUCCAAUUCUGACAUUAUGGCUGCUCUGCAAAUCAUCAUGGCAAGACAAGUUCAGCAUGAUCAGGAGACUGCUUUACUCAGAACUUGGAUGGUUGAUCACCUUGCUUCCAAGCUGGGAAUUCCACCUCUGCCUCCUCAUCCGAUUCCACCUCCUUCUCAAGUCCCUCAUCCUGGAAAAUCCUCAUCCUCAGAAGAAUCUUCUCCCUCCCUAGCUUCUUAA